AUGUCAAUUACUGGAGACCAUAGUUUUAAUAGUAGCAACGUUAGACAAUAUAGAAGUUUUGCUACGGGUUCACAUCAAUUGAAAAAUGAAUCUAUCCCUAGAGGUCGCAAGAGACGAGCUUCACAUGAUGUAAAAGAAACAAAACGUAUUUUAUUAGAACAAGAAGAUACAAAUGGUGAUAGUCAGAUUACAAUUCAAGAUCUUGGACCAAAAACUUUAACUGUUGGUACUGCUGAUUCUGGUGGUUACAGAAAAUUUGAAAUUCGUGGUACUUAUAUGCUUAGUAAUCUUUUACAAGAAUUGGCUUUAGCUGAAGAAUAUGGUAGAAAACAUGUGGUUUUGGAUGAAGCUCGUUUAAAUGAAAAUCCUGUUGAUCGUUUAUCUCGUAUGAUAAAAUAUCUUUUUUGGGAUGGUUUAACUAGAAAAAUUGAUGCUGAAGGAUUAGAAGUUAUUUCUGCUGAUCCUAAAAAUAGAACUGGUGAUCAUUCCCCUCGAAUUUAUAUUCCAUUUGGUGAAGAUGAAAUUUUUCAAUAUUAUCAAAAUGUCGCUAUUACUAGACCUCAUUUAAAAUUACAGGUUGAAAGUCUCCCAAAAGAUAUAACCCCUGAAUAUGUAAAAAGUAUUAAUGAUCGUCCGGGUAUUCUUACUUUAGCAAUGACUAAACAUAUUGAUGAUAAAGGAAAUAGCACUUUUAAAGGUGUUCCUUUCGUUGUACCCGGUGGUCGAUUUAAUGAAAUGUAUGGUUGGGAUUCUUACUUUGAAACAUUGGGAUUGGUUGUCGAUGGAAGAUUAGAUUUAGCCAAAGGAAUGGUUGAUAAUUUUGUAUAUGAAAUUACUCAUUAUGGAAAAAUAUUAAAUGCCAAUAGAAGUUAUUAUCUUACUCGAUCUCAACCUCCUUUCCUUACUGAUAUGGCCAUGAAAGUUUAUGAAAGAUUACCACUCAAUGAAAAUAAUGGUGGCAAAGGUGAAAAUGAAAAAUGGCUUGCCGAAGUAAUUUGUGCGGCUAUUAAAGAAUAUCAUACAGUUUGGAUGUCAGAACCUCGUUAUGAUCCAGUAACAGGUUUAUCUCGUUAUUAUCCUACUGGUCUAGGUAUUCCACCAGAAACUGAAGCAAGUCACUUCGAUCAUGUAAUUUUACCAUUUGCAGAUCAACUUGGUUUAUCUAUUAAAGAAUAUUCUGCAAAAUAUCAAAAUAAAGAAAUUCUUGAACCACAAUUGGAUGAAUACUUUUUACAUGAUCGAGCUGUUCGUGAAUCAGGUCAUGAUACUACUUAUCGUUUCGAAAAACGUUGUGCUUACCUCGCCACCAUUGAUCUUAAUAGUUUACUUUAUAAAUAUGAAAUUGAUAUUGGUGAAAUAAUUCAGGAAAUUUUUAAUAAUCAUUUUGUCUCAAAUGAUGGAACCAUAGUAACUAGUGAAAUUUGGUUUGAAAGAGCUGCAUUACGAAAAGAAAGGAUUGAUAAGUACCUAUGGAAUGAAGAGAAAUGUCUUUAUUAUGAUUACAAUACUGUUACAUGUCAACAGUCAGUAUAUGAAUCUGCUACUGCCUUUUGGGCACUUUGGGCUGGAUGUGCAAGUUAUGAACAAGCAGAAAAAUUAGUAAAAAUUUCUCUUCCUAAAUUUGAAGUUCUUGGUGGUCUUAUGAGCGGUACUGAGGAAUCUCGCGGUACUAUUACACUUGAUAGACCAAAUCGACAAUGGGAUUAUCCUUUCGGUUGGGCACCACAUCAAAUAAUGGCAUGGAGAGGUUUAGAAAAUUAUGGAUUCAUGACAGAAGCAAGACGAUUAGCAUAUCGUUGGUGUUAUACCAUUACAAAAUCUUUUGUAGAUUUUAAUGGAGUUGUUCCUGAAAAAUAUGAUAUAGUAACAUUAAAUCAUCAACUCCAAGUUGAAUAUGGAAAUGUUGGUACCGAUUUUAAAUUCGUACCUCGUGAAGGUUUCGGUUGGAUGAAUGCAUCUUAUCAACUUGGUUUAUCUUAUCUCACGACACUUAUGAGGAGAGCAUUGGGAACUUGCACAAAUCCUGAAAUUUUCUUCAAUAAAAAUAGAACGGCAGGUGUAAAUGAAAUAACAGAAACUAGUAUAAUAAAGUCUAUAUCUAGUGAAUAG